AUGUUUUCAUCCACAGCUCUCUUUGCUGAAAUAAACUGCCCCUUUGAAUGGGGACGAUGCAAGCGACCUUAUUGCAUGUACAGUCACGGCAAAGACAAUACGGAGACAGAUCUUGGAGAUCUCAAAGUCACUCCUGCCAUUGGAGGCUCCCAUAACACAGACAACCAUGCUUGUCUUGAGGAAUUGGAUAGGAUCAACAAAGAAAUAGAGGCAGUGAGGAGUGAGGUGGAGAAAGAACAAAAAAGACUGUCUCAAUAUCAGUCAUCACAGUCACUUGUACAUACAGAGGGUGCAGAUGUUUGCUCUGAGAAAUAUUUAAAAAUCACCAACAGUCAGGCUGAAGACCAGAAUGGAAACCUCUUGAGACGUACAAAACCUACUUCCUCAACCAAUGUCCGUAAGUAUGUGGUUGAUCGUGCCAGACCCAAGACUGAUUUGGAAUAUGACCCGUGUUCCAAUUUCUCUGCAGACUUGCUAUCUGGCAGCUCAGUAGAAUGUAAGCUUAGGUCAACAGAUAAAGUAGAUAUUGAACAUGGCUUCAAGAGUAAUGGAACAGGACAAAAUGUUCAGCCUCUUUCCUCUCAUUUUGAUGACUCAGAUGAUGAGAGGAUCUUGGUCAUUGACAUCGCACCUUCAGAGAAAAGUCAGGGAAAACGUAGAGCUAAACAGAAAGGAAAGACAAUAAUUAAACCACUGCAUUCAUCUGAGGGGAAUCAUUCAAUUGAUAAUUCUCUUUUUGAAAAUGACAAAACAAAACCCUGGCAGCAACAGGAAAGGUUGUCUUCUGAAGGGUCCCGAAUUUGUGAUAUUAUAAAUGUUGUGGACCAGGAGGAAGAGAGGACCUCAGGAAAACCUUUGACAAUCACACUUGAACAAGAGUCCUCUGAGGGGGAACUGGUCAUUGAUGUGUCACCUUUAGAAGAUGAACAUACACUUUCAAAGCAAUGUGGAACCAUAACCAAAGAACUACUGGAUUCAUCCAAAUUAUUCCCUAUUAGUGAGACCUCAGCUGAGGAUAGUAAAGAGGCCAAGAAAGGGCCCUCACAUAAACGAGUAACAAUUGUAAGGCAAACCAAAGCUUUUCUGGAGGAUUCCACAGAAAAACCUGUGGCUAAACUGAAUAUCUCCACAAAUAUCGAAACAUUUGUCAUGCAUAGGGAGGAAAAGGCACAGAAUAUUGAGAAUGUCCUGGAUGACAUUUCCACAUGUCUAGACAAUCUGAGAAGUGAGAGUGAGAGGAUCAAAUGCAUUCAAGAUAUUAAACUACUCCCUGUUACUUCUGUCCAAGGGGAGGAAGAUACUUCCUCAAAGUCUGCUGCAGGUCUUGUUCAGUAUGCUACUUUUGGGGUAGAACCACAAAUAGACUGCACCUCAAGUUGUGCUCAGAAGGCAGAAACUGCAGCUACUAAAAAUAUCUCACAAGAGCAAGGUUCUUCAUUUCAGCAAUACUCCCCUUUGGUCUCAUCUCAAUCUUUUAUAUCAUCCUUGCAUAAGAAUAAUUUGCUUGGAUGUGGUCCUCACUCUCAAAGCCUGGCUGAGACAUCUUGGUCAACUGUUCAGAAAAGUCCUGUUGAGCCACUUGUUCAGAACAUUCCUGCAUAUAUUUCAGGGAUUGACACUGGAACUGUUCUAUCUGUACCAUCGACUACUCUACCCAAACCAAGAACAGCUAUUGAGUAUGAGCAAAAAGUAUUUACAUCAGAUGCAUCAUUUGUUUCCUGUGAAGCAUCUGUUCACUCACCGACCAUUGCAUCUGAAACGAUGGAAGGGGGUAAUAAUGAAACCAUAGUAAUUGACUCUAGUUCUGAAGAGGAGCUCAGGUACUCGGAUCUAGAUCUCUCUGAAACCGACCCAAUGGAGGAGUGCUACAGAAUCUUUAUGGAAGCCAGCCAAAAGGAAGCUCCUAUGGUCCAAUGUGAAGUGUUAGAGAGCCCAGAAAUUGAGGUAAAGGCCAAUCCACCACCUGUGAUAAAGAAAAGGGUUGCACAUGUGGCAAAGGUUGAGCUGGCCAGCAAAAGCAAAGCACAGAUCAUUGUGCCUCUUCGAGAAGCAGGCUCCCAGUUGACCAUUCCCUCCCGAACUCAAUCAUGCCAAAGGAGAGCAGCCAUUUUAACUGCAGCAAUGAAAGGGUGCCAUUCCCAAGUUAUGAGCAGUGCUCCAAAGAAAGUUUAUACACCCAGUAUCAUUCAUCCAAGUGCUGUGCAAAACUCCUGUGUUAGUGUCAUUCCGGUUGGUGCUACUCUGCAGCUGGGGGCAAACCUGCACCUCAUUGUACCUGAUGGAAAUUGUGCUUUACCUCUGACAUUGAUUCCAACCACCAUGUCCAUCCAACGACCACCACAGCCUUCCCCUCCUAUGCAACUUCCACAAACUAUACAUCCUUCACAGCCACCCAACUACACACCUGCUAAGGUUAACUUUACUCCUGUAUCACUGGGAAUCAAACGAAAGGCAAAAAUACAUCAUGAGGUUGGGGUAAAGGUACCACAUGAUGUUCGGCAGCGUUAUGUGAACCUCUUUGUGGAGGAGUUCAUGAAAACAUCUGUGACGGUGCAAGAUGCGUUUGAGAAGGCUCUAGCAGAAGAAAAAAGUGUUUAUGACCGCAGUAUCAAUAAGCUCAAGUAUCUAAGUGUAGCUGUUAAUGCACUCAAAAGGCUUAAAAGCCAAAGUGUCUUGCCUGCCAAAGAUUCCAGUGAGAGAGAUCAGCAUGUGUCUAGAGGCAAUGUACCACUAAAUACUCAAGCACUUCAGGGACCUGGGGAUUUGACCCUCUAUGAGCAGUUAAAGGAGCAUGUUCUGUCUGAGGACAUGUUGAGAAUGAACAACUACCCUCGUAAACAUCAGGACAAAGCUGACAUUGCCAUCCAGUAUGGAGAUAUGAAGAAGGGAAUAAGUGACCCUUUGAAGAGGAUCUGCUGUCGAUGUGGAGCAACAUUCUCUGUUGACAAAAGUGGAAAGCACACUCGCAGAGAGGAGUGUAACUAUCAUUAUGGAAAAGUCAUCGAGAAUCGAGUGCCAGGAGGUGUCGAGACACGAUACAGUUGUUGUGAGAAUGCAGUUGGGUCACCUGGAUGCCAAGUGUUCAAUCUCCAUGUGCAUGAUGCAGUAAGCCUUCAGGGCUUUAUGAGCACUCUUUCUCAAUCCCCGGUGGGCAAAACAUGUCCAGGAGUCUUUGCAGUUGACACCCAAAUGUGCUACACAACUCAAGGUUUGGAACUAGCAAGAGUGACUGUAGUCAACAGCAGUUUGCAAGUCAUCUUUGACACCUUUGUCAAGCCUGAUAAUGAUGUCAUUGACUAUAACACCAGGUUCUCCGGCAUCAGUGAGGAUGAUGUGAAAGGAACCAGCUUGUGUUUGCGUGAUGUUCAAGCAGUUCUUUUGAGCUUUAUUAAUGCAGACACAAUUCUGAUUGGCCAUGGCUUGGAGAAUGACUUGGCUGCUCUCAAAAUUAUUCACAACUCUGUGAUUGACACCUCUGUGGUGUUUCCGCAUCAUUUGGGUCUGCCACACAAAAAAGAACUUAACAGUCUGACUGCAGACUACCUCAGGAGAAUUAUCCAAGAGAGUGCGGUGGGUCAUGACACAUGUGAGGAUGCCACUGCAUGUAUGGAGCUCAUGCUUUGGAGGGUGAAAGAAGACUCCAAAGUGAAAAGAUGGUGA